AUGGCAACCUGCCAAGCGAUAUGGAUGUGUUGCCUUCUUGCAGAGAUAACCAGACAACAAGUAGCCCCUACAACUUUACAUGUUGAUAACAAGUCAAUGUUGGAUCUCAUGAAAAAUUAUGUGUUUCACGGACUAAGAAAAUACACCGAUGCUCUAUUUCACUUUAUUAAGGAGUGUGUAGAGAAUGCAGAAGUAAGAGUGACUGAUGCUUACAACAAAGAACAAAGAUCUGACAUACUCACAAAAACAAUGGCACAAGUGAAGCAUAAAGAAAUGCGGGAGCUGAUUGGAAUCGAACAGGCACCAAACUCUGGAGUAGGGGGAGAAUAUUGUCACAAUCCAGAUUUGGUGUCUACAAGAUUGAAUAAAUCCAAGCCAUGUUGGCUAGUGGUCCCCUAUUUUCAUGCUUGUAGGUAG